AUGCCUUCAAAACAGAACACCAUGGUCUACCUCCACGGGACUCUCGAUCUGGUAAUCAUUGAGGCUCGCUGCCUUCCCAACAUGGAUUUGCUCUCCGAGCGCGUCCGAAGGUUCUUCUCCGCCCUCAACACCUGCAGCGCCUCCGUCACCGGGAAACGGAACCUAUACCGCGCCCGUCACCGCCACCACAAAAUCAUCACCAGCGAUCCUUACGUCACCGUCUGCAUCGCUGGCGCCACCGUCGCGCGUACCCGCGUGAUCUCCAACUCGCAGAAUCCUACCUGGGACGAACACUUCAAGAUCCCGCUCGCGCACCCGGCCUCGCAGGUCGAGUUCUUCGUCAAGGAUAAUGACAUGUUUGGCGCAGACCUCAUCGGAGUCGUCAUCGUCUCCGCCACUAGGAUCCUCUCCGGCGAACCCAUCAGCGAUUGGUUCCCGAUUAUCGGCUCGUUCGGGAAACCGCCGAAGCCUGACUGCGCCGUGCGUCUCGCGAUGAAAUUCACGAGGUGCGAGGACAGUCGCAUUUUCCGCUCCAUCGACGAGCCGGAUCCGGACCGGUUCGUGGUUCGGGACUCGUAUUUCCCGGUCCGGCACGGAGGGGCGGUGACGCUGUAUCAGGACGCGCACGUGCCUGAGGCGAUGUUGCCGGAGGUUGAGUUAGACGAGGGUGUGGUGUUUGAGCAUGGGAAGUGCUGGGAAGAUAUAUGCCACGCCAUUUUGGAAGCGCAUCAUUUGGUUUACAUCGUUGGAUGGUCCAUCUACCACAAGGUCAAGCUCGUGAGAGAGCCUACCAAGCCCUUACCUAGCGGUGGCAGUUUGAAUCUGGGGGAGUUGCUCAAGUACAAGUCCCAAGAAGGUUUGCGAGUUUUACUAUUGGUUUGGGAUGAUAAGACUUCGCACAGCAAGUUUUUCAUUAAUACGGCUGGAGUAAUGCAAACCCAUGAUGAAGAAACUCGAAAGUUUUUCAAGCAUUCUACAGUUAGAUGUUUGCUGUCACCAAGAUAUGCCAGCAGUAAGCUUAGCAUUUUCAGGCAGCAGGUUGUCGGAACUCUCUUUACACAUCAUCAGAAAUGUGUGAUUGUGGAUAGUCAAGCACACGGCAAUAAUAGGAAGAUAACUGCAUUUAUAGGUGGUCUAGAUCUUUGUGAUGGCCGGUAUGAUACACCCGAACACAGAAUUUUACGAGAUAUCGACACUGUUUAUCAGGACGAUUAUCAUAAUCCCACGUUUUGCGCGGGAACCAAGGGUCCAAGGCAACCGUGGCAUGAUUUACAUUGCAAAAUUGAAGGCCCUGCUGCAUAUGAUAUACUCACUAAUUUUGAGCAGCGCUGGAGAAAGGCCACCAAAUGGUCUGAGUUGGGUCGAAAGCUCAAAAGAGUAUCUCACUGGCACGAUGAUUCUUUGAUCAAGUUAGAACGCAUCUCUUGGAUUCUUAGUCCUUCUGAAUUAAUUUCUAGUGAUGAUCCUGAACUAUGGGUUUCAAAGGAAGACGAUCCUAAAAGUUGGCAUGUUCAG